UUGUUGUUGCCAUGAGGACAGCGGAGCAACAGGGGAACUGAGCUACAGCAUCAUACUUCCUCCGGAGUUUUCCGAACGGGAGGAUGAAGCUUUUCUUCGUCUUCUGGUUGUGUUUGCUUUCUCAAAUUGCUUGUUUCAUUUGGAUGCAUCUCUGAGAAUGUUUUAAGGUGGAGCUGACAGACCCCAAAAAAAGUCUUUAUGCCUGUAGAUAAUUGGGGAAAAAAAAGCAACACAUAUACAAACAACAAAAAAGAAAUCCUAUUUACAAAGGCACAAAACUGUGAAAAUGGAAUUCUCACAAUGACAAGCCCUUCAGCCUGAAGAGAAGCUGUCUAGUUUCUCACACAUGCAGGCAGGCCGCCAGAUGUUGGAGAGGACAGCUGUGUGCCGGGCAGCUCUCUACCUGUUGGCAGCAGGUGUGGCUUUAACAUCAGAAGCUCGCUGGUCGUGUCCUCCUUCCUGCCGCUGCAACUCCGCAGCGUUGGAGGUCAACUGCUCUGGCGGCCAGUUCACCAACGUGCCCGACGGUCUCCCACGAGAAGCUAAACUCCUGAACUUAACCCACAACACCAUCAAGACUCUAGUGCAUCAGCAGUUCCACACGUUGAUGCAGCUCCUGCACUUGGAUUUAAGUGACAAUCUUUUAGUAGUAAUUGAAGUGGAGGCCUUUCUUGGCCUGCAGGGCUUGUUAACUCUGCGUCUUUCUCACAAUCAGCUGAAGAUUAUUCCAGUGGGAGCUUUUGCCGGCCUGACAAACCUGCAGCUGCUGGACAUAAGCAGCAACGAGAUUCUUGUUCUCCUCGAUUUUACCUUCAGUGACUUGGCAGCUCUGCAGUUUAUUACAGCAGCAGAUAAUGAUUUAGUCUUUAUCUCUCAUCAGACCUUCACUGGACUGAACAGUUUGCAGGAGCUGCAGCUUGAUGGUUGUAACCUCACUGCUGUGCCGACUGAGGCGCUCACACAGCUCAGUGCGCUAAAGACACUUCAUUUUCAGCGGCUAGGCCUCGCUACGCUGCCAAACUACUCCUUCCGCCAUCUAAUGCACCUAAAGGAGCUUGUAAUUUCUCAUUGCGCCUGGCUGGAGACCCUGUCAGGAAACAGUCUCUUCGGCCUCAAUCUCACCUCUUUAACCAUUAAACACUGCAACCUGAGCGCCGUCCCCUACAUCCCCUUGCAUCACCUUGUGUAUCUCCUCUAUCUUGACCUUUCUUUCAAUCCCAUCACCUACAUUCACGGGAACCUGCUUGGAGAUUUGCUCCGACUCCAAGAGUUCCAUCUUGUCGGGGGAUCGUUGCUACGCAUAGAAAUUGGAGCCUUCAGGGGUUUGGAGCAUUUCAGAUUGCUGAACGUGUCCAGAAACCUUCUCACCACACUGGAAUCAGGAGCUUUUCAUUCAGUGGACUCCCUGAGGGCUCUGGGCCUCGAUAGCAACCCGCUAGCAUGUGACUGCCGUUUGCUUUGGGUGGUGCGAAGGAGACUGUAUGUGAACUUCGGUGGACGUCCGCCAGCGUGCACUACCUCAGCCCAGCUGCAGGACUGGAACUUUCUAGACUUUUCUGAAGCCGAGCUACCGAGUUUACUCACCUGUCGACAGCCUCGGAUUCUGAACCGCAAACGUCAGGAAGCGAGAGUCGAUCAGGGACACACUGUGGUGUUUUACUGCAGUGCAGAAGGCGACCCUGUGCCAUCUGUCAGCUGGCUAAACCCACAACUGAGGCCUUUAUCGCCCAUUGGGAGAGUCCGGGCUCUGUCCAACGGCUCGCUGGAGGUUCGCUACGCUCAGCCUCAAGACAGCGGCACUUAUCUGUGUGUGGCAUCAAAUGCGGCGGGAAAUGACAGUCUGCCUGUCAGCCUUCGUGUCCGAACCUUUCCAUCAUCUUCCAAAAACCCCUUUCGUCUUAAGGGCUGGCCGACCUUUCCGUCUGCCUCCCCGGGUGAAAAUGGAGAUCAGAAACUCCACUUCGAUGUGAAGACGCUCCUGAUAGCAGCGACCAUUGGGUUUGUCUCGUUUUUCAGCUCUGUGAGCGUAUGUUUCAUUUUCAUGCUCUUCUGGAGUAAAAGCAAAGGGCAAAUCAAGCACACAGCCACCAUCGCGUACGUGCCACGAAGCGCCGUAUCGAGCAGCAACGGGGGGACAGGAAACUAUAUGGAGACAAGUAGAUUCACCAUGAAACUUAUAUGAGUCCAAAACAAUAUUUUCACUUGACUUGAUAGGAGUUAAUAAAUUGCAAAUGUGAAAAUUAAUUUGAAUGUUAUUUAACUUCUUUAAAGCAGAAAGUGACCACUUAUUAAUUCAAAUGUUUGGACAUCAAGUGUUUUUGUCAUUAAAAUGAUUUUAAGCACGUCUAAAGGAACAUUACUGCUUUAAUAAGACAGGUGCUCCACUAGAACAAAGGAAGAAUACAAAACAGCCAAAGUAAACAGUAUUUAAUGAGAAUAAUGCAUGUGAGAUCUAGGUUAGGGAUGUAAAUUACUCAAAUAAUUGCUAAUUGCCAUGGUAGUUCUUAUAUUUAAGAAAAAAAUUGGAUCUUAAUACAGAGAAUGUAUAGAAGACAGACCUGCCUUGUUGUUUUGUUCAUUUGUUUUCUAAAGAACGAAUAAAACAGUGGAUUUAAUAUUGAAAUAAUAGUAAUUAUGGACAUCAGAUUCUUAAAAAGCAUAAGAUACCUGUAUAGAUUAUAGGAACAGGAAUGUUAACCUUAUAUUAAGGUUAGCAUACAUAGCAUCUCUAUAGCAUGUUAUUACUUCUUGAUGAUUAAAAAUGUGUUUUUAUUCUAAUUUUGUCACAUUUAUGGUUUAUUUUUUAAUGAAUACAUGGAAUGUGAGAUUUUCUUUGUGUAUUUUUUAUUCCCCUCCAUAAAAGUAGCAUAAAUAAAAAAUGUUGUACUUUCAAA